GUGUGCGUGAGCAAGAGAGAAAGAGCGAGAGCAAGAGAGAGAGACUGCACCUGUGACAGAACACCUGAGUGUCAACAUAAGGAGGACUGAGAAACUGAGUGAAUGUGAAAAGAGAACAGGAAGAGAAAGAGAGAAUAAUAAAGUAUAAGAAAUUAAUGCAGAACCUCUAACUAGGAGAGCACUAAGAUAUGGUUGGACAUUUUCACAUCUGAAAUCCACUCCCUCUCCAGGACAGAGACCAAUUCUCCAUCAACAAGGUCAAUCCCCCCUCCAGUCUCUGUUUGUGCCAUGGCUGACCCUAGCUGGUGGAAGCUGACCUUCUCACCUACGAAGUCUGAGGCAAAGGUUCUGUACGAGAUCCCUCAAGAGUAUGGUAAUAAUAAUAAGGAACAUCACAACAGCCCUCAGCUCCCCACAGACCCAAUGGACAACCAAUUCAGUGCCAGACUGGAGAAGAUAGUGGAUAAGUCGGCCACUAAAGGUCGCCAUGUUAAGGUGUCCCACUCUGGUCGCUUCAAGGAGAAGAAGAAGAUCCGUGCCACACUGGCUGAGAACCCCAUGCUGUUCUCUGAACACAGUCUCAGGGAUGAGAACCACAGGGCAGAGAAAUAGCACAUAACCAGGUGCAUGCUUUUUAGGCUCUUUUUUUAGUCAUGCAUUACAGACAGCCACACCAUUCACGACACCAACACAUCCAUAAUCUUAUUGGUACAACACAUAUCCACUCCCAAGAUGGGCUCCACACCUAAAGUACACAGAUAAUACUGUAACCAACUGAAUUAUCAUGCACAUCCACAUAAACAACACUGUUCAAGGUUCAUUGAUGCAAACAUAUUAGAAUGGAUGGUAUUUUUCACCAGCUCAUUCCUGAGCUCACUGCACUUGGACAACACUGAACAUUUCCAAGAAUAUGGCAAUAUGUUGCCUGUGUCUUUACAAGGACUCAUGACCAGUAACCUGGAGGGAAUUUUUUCACUGUAGUAUAAGAGAAAUAAAUUAUGGAAAAUG